AUGCUCUUGGACAGUGGAAACCGACGGCAUGGGCUGCACGAAGUACAGCUAGCAUGGCGUACCCAUAGAAAGGAUGGAGGCAAAAUUCCUUCUGACGUUGGCGGAACCCCAAUUCACGUCCAGCAAAGUCGCAUUCCUCCGGAACGAAAGCCGGUGCAUGGCCCUCUGCUGGGUGCUCUGAACUACGUUGAAGACGAUAGACACCACUGUCGAAGGGAGAGUAGUUAA